AUGGGAAACGAGGGAGGAAUCGAAUGGUUUGCACAAAAUACGGGCUUCAUGUUCGAAAUUGCGCCCAUUUUCAAAGCUAUGUUAGUUUUCAUCGAGCAUAGGUUUUACGGGAAGUCAAUACCUUACGGAGGGAGUGAAAAGAUAGCGUAUUCGAAUUCCACGACACUCGGUUACUUGAGCUCGACACAAGCGCUUGCGGAUUACGCGACUUUGAUUCUCGAUCUUAAGAAGAAUCUUACGGCCGAAAAAUGUCCUGUUGUAGUCUUUGGAGGUUCUUAUGGCGGAAUGUUGGCUGCAUGGUUCAGAUUGAAGUAUUCUCAUGUGGCUAUAGGGGCUUUAGCAUCCUCAGCUCCUAUUCUAAAUUUCGACAACAUUACUUCGCCGUAUAGUUUCAACGAUGUCAUCACCAAAGAUUUUCGGAGUGAGAGUCUGAAUUGUUACCAAGUGAUCAAAAGAUCGUGGCAAGAAAUCAAAGAAACCGCAGAGAAACCAAAAGGACUAGAAAUUCUCAGGAAGUCAUUCAGAAUAUGCAAGAAUUAUAUAAGUGAAGCAUCUCUAGAAAAUUGGCUAUAUACAGCUUACACUUAUACAGCCAUGACAGAUUAUCCAACUUCUAGCAAUUUCCUCAAUCCCCUGCCAGCAUAUCCAGUCAAGCAGAUGUGCAAGGCAAUCGAUGAUGUAAAGACCGGGAACAGCACAUUCGAGAAAAUAUAUCGUGCAGCUAGCGUCUACUACAACUACACUGGUCAAGCCAAGUGUUUUAACCUCAACAGCAAUUCAGGUCAACUCGGGGUCAAUGGAUGGUCAUGGCAGGCCUGUACAGAGAUGAUUUUACUAACAGAAGGCUACUCAGAGGACAGCAUUUUCCCAGCCUAUAAUUACACCUACAAUGAUCAGUUAGAAGACUGCAACUAUAGCUUCAAUAUAGUGCCCAGGCCCACCUGGAUUCCCACCGAGUUUGGAGCCCAUAAUAUAUAUAGAGUACUAAAGCGUUUUGGAAGCAACAUAAUGUUCUUUAAUGGGCUGAGGGACCCAUGGAGUCCUGGAGGGGUGCUAAAAAAUAUAUCAGAAAGUAUAGUUGCAAUUGUGGCGAAAGAUGGUGCACAUCACGUGGAUCUUAGAUUCUCAACAAGGGAAGAUCCAAAGUGGCUUCGAGAUGUGAGAAAACAAGAAGUGCAAAUCAUAUCACAAUGGCUCACUCAAUAUUCUCAUGAUUUGAAUGAUUCUCCCAGCUCGUAA